GAAGUGCAUAAACAUCUCAGAUUCCUUAUUAUUAAAAUCUUGGCAAUGCAUGGAAGUGUGAUUACUUUAUGCUUCAGCACCAGUCCUUAAACAAGAAAUACGAAAAUGAGCAACAACAGCCAAUUGUGUCAUGUGAAUGAAAAUACUGCAUAUAUUACUCUGACUGUACUCUACACUACAGUUCUUGUUGGUGGAACAAUCGGUAUCAUUAUAAUGAUUUUUCUUUUAAAUAGAACGAACACACGCUCUUUGACCACCACUGCAGUCAUUAAUCUCUUAGUGGUCCAUGGAAUCUUUCUUCUCACAGUUCCAUUUCGAAUCACCUAUUAUGUCAAAAGAAAGUGGGUCUUUGGAUAUGAAUUUUGCAAGAUAAUAAGUGCCUCGAUACACAUCCACACAUACCUUUCCUUUAUAUUUUAUGUGGCUAUGCUAAUCAUCAGGUACAUUAGCUACUUCAAACAAAAGGAUAAGAUUGAAUUCUACAGGAAACUCCACUCGGUUGUGGCUAGUGCAGCAGUAUGGAUUAUCAUAAUACUAGUUAUGUUUCCUUCAUUCUAUUUACGAUAUGGGGACUCUAAUGACAGAAAUUCCACAGAAGUGUGUUUUAGGUUCCAAGCAGCAUUCAAUAAGUCUUCUGUGAGAAUCUUGAACUACAUUGUGGUUGUGGUCAUGGUCAGUGCCAUAUGUCUUCUUCUGGCUGUACAAAUUUUCAUCAUUGUAAAGGUUGUUAAGAAACUGAAGAAAUCUGCUCUGGAUCAUCAAGAGUUCUGGGCUCAGUUAAAAAGUUUAUUUUUUAUUUUAGUCAUGGUAAUUUGCUUCUUUCCCUAUCACAUGUUUCGGAUCUACUACAUAAAGAAUCGAGAGAAUUGCUACUAUUACUAUUACAAUGAGAUCUGCCUUGGUAUCACCGCUCUCAGCUGCUUGGAUCUACUCUCAUUUGCAGUACAAACUUAUUUCCAGAAAGUGCUUAAACACAUGAGAUGCAACUUUAGAUGUAUAUGUUGACCACUUCAUCAAAAAAAUGCCAUGUUCAGAGUUUUGAUUAUUUGUUGAGAAAACCUGUUUUCAGGAAGUGCCGUAUUUGCCGGCGUAACA